AUGGCCUCCUAUCAAUCAAUAGCACCCGUGCUUUGCAUGCUAGCUCUCCUCUUUUAUGGAGGAAAUGCACUCCACCAUGACAGUGUGUUGAAAACCACCCUAUACAUAAAACAGUCUUUUGCCAAAGAUCAAAGAACUUUGGGCGAUGGUACCGUCAUUAUUAACUGGCCCAUAAAGGAUGGGCCAGGUGCUGCUGCCAAUACCAUUGGGCAUGCAGAGGGCUUGACAACACUAGCAAAUGAACCCAGUCAUUUCUGGGUAACCAUAAUGGACAUGGUCUUCGACCGAGGGAGCCAUGCGGGAUCCUCACUUCAAGUGAUGGGGCUUCAUGGUUCCAAAAAGGAUCUGCCACAGAGUCAGUGGAGUGUUAUGGGGGGCACUGGACAACUUACCAUGGCGCGGGGUAUUAUCAAGUACAACAUAACCCAAGAAGAUAGUUCUAGUAGGACCUUCGAAUUAUACAUAUACGUGUACUACACUACCAUUCUGACUAUCUACUAUCAUGAUCUGUAUGUUGCCAUACAUCUCAAUGCUCGUUUCCUUGAUAAGAUUAAAUAG